UAUGCAACAACUUUUUAGUUUAGAACUUACAUUUAUUAAGCAUAUACUAAAUAUUCUCCAAAAUAAAGUACUGCUAAAUAAAUAAACGUGCAAAAUGAAAAAAGAGAAAAAUUUGGACACGGUUAGGCCAUUUAAGUUGGCUCACCAAAUUGUUAGUUUGACUGGAAUCAGCUUUGAGAUGAAAAGCAUUAUAGGUUUUGUAGAACUGACGAUAGUUCCAACAAGAGAUAAUAUGCGUGUAAUACGAAUGAAUGCCAAGCAAUGUCGUAUUUAUAGAAUAGUGUUGAAUGAUGACAUUGAGGCACCUUUUCAUUAUUUUGAUCCUUUUUUAGAUAUAUGUCAAGACGAGCCCAAAAGUCGCUCUUUAGAAAUAUUUUCAAAACAUCAUUUGAAUGCUGCUCAGAAAACUGAUCCAGAUAUAAAUGCUGGAGAGUUAAUUAUUACAGUUCCACCCGAAGGCUAUCAUUUAAUUGCGGAGGGGCGAGGAUUAAGAGUUGGGGUUGAGUUCUCUCUUGAAGCCCCAGAGGGUGGGUUACAUUUUGUAAUACCAGAACAAGAUGGAACUAAGGUACCAAAUUGUGCCCAUAUGUUUAGCUAUGGUCAUGAAAAUUCAACUCGACUGUGGUUUCCUUGUGUUGAUAGCAACGCUGAACCAUGUACGUGGAAGCUGGAAUUUACUGUCGAUAAACAUUUAACGGCCAUAUCUUGUGGUGAACUUGUUGAAGUAGUUAUGACUCCCGAUUUAAGGAAAAAAACAUUUCAUUAUGCUGUUUCUGUACCGGUAUCGGCAUCAAAUAUAGCUUUAGCAGUAGGCCCAUUUGAAAUAUAUGUAGAUCCUCAUAUGCAUGAAGUCACUCAUUUUUGUUUACCUCAACUAAUGCCACUGUUAAAAAAUUCGGUUAGAUACUUACACGAGGCUUUUGAAUACUUUGAGGAAACCCUUUCAACUCGUUAUCCAUUUUCAUGCUAUAAACAAGUAUUUGUUGAUGAAAAAGAUGAUGAUAUUACUGCCUACUCAACUUUGAGUAUUGUUUCUACACACCUUUUGCAUUCAAUAGCAAUAAUAGAUCAAACGUAUGUUACAAGAAAAGCAAUGUCAUUAGCAGUCGCAGAACAAUUUUUUGGCUGUUUUAUUGCAGCACAAAAUUGGUCCGAUACUUGGCUAGCAAAGGGUAUUGCUGCGUAUAUAUGCGGAUUAUACUCAAGAAAAUGCUUUGGAAAUAAUGAAUAUAGACAAUGGAUUCAAGCUGAAUUAGCAGAGGUUGUAAAAUAUGAGGAACAAUAUGGCGGCAUAAUAUUAGAUUGUAGCCAAGCUCCUGCGCCUUUACCAGUAGCAGGGAGUAAUAAUCAAGCUAAUGUCAUAAAACAACAAGAAAUACAACAUUAUUUUCCGAUAAAAAGCUUACACACGAUGUCUCCAAAGUAUAUAGAAGCUAUGAGAAGAAAAGCUCAUUUAGUAAUUAGAAUGCUUGAGCAUCGAAUUGGACAGGAGUUAUUGUUGCAAGUGUUUAACAAGCAAUUGGCACUAGCUACUAACGCCGCAUCAACAAAAAUUGGUGGUGGAUUAUGGCAUCAUCUACUUUUAAAUACGAAUAAUUUUAUUAACGCUAUAUUUACUGUAACUGGUAAAGAUAUGGCCGUAUUUAUGGAUCAGUGGGUUAGAACUGGAGGUCAUGCAAAAUUUUCUUUAACAUCCGUAUUUAAUCGCAAGAGAAAUACUAUAGAACUUGAAAUAAGGCAAGAUUCUAUAAACCAAAAAGGUGUCAGAAAAUAUAAUGGUCCAUUAUUAGUUCAACUUCAGGAAUUAGAUGGAACUUUUAAGCAUACUUUACAAAUAGAAAACACUGUCGUUAAAGCUGACAUAACAUGUCAUUCAAAAAGCCGAAGAAAUAAAAAGAAAAAAAUUCCUUUAUGUACAGGUGAAGAGGUUGAUAUGGAUCUUUCGCCAAUGGACGAAUCACCAGUGUUGUGGAUCCGUUUGGACCCAGAAAUGAUACUCUUACGGGACUUGAAUAUUGAACAACCAGACUUUCAAUGGCAAUUUCAAUUGAGACAUGAACGUGACGUAACAGCGCAAUUAGAGGCGAUUAAUGCUUUAGAAAAAUAUCCAACUCCACAAACUAGACUAGCGUUAACGGAUUCUAUUGAAAACGAACAAGUGUUUUACAAAGUUAGAUGUGAAGCUACAUUUUGUCUAACAAAAGUAGCAAAUGCAAUGGUCACCAGUUGGCAAGGUCCUCCAGCUAUGCUAAAUAUAUUUCGGAAAUUCUUUGGGUCUUUUAGUGCACCACACAUUAUUAAACAAAAUAAUUUCACAAAUUUUCAGCAUUAUUUCUUACAAAAGACCAUUCCUGUAGCUAUGGCUGGACUAAGAACUUCACAUGGAAUUUGCCCCCAAGAAGUGAUUCGUUUCUUACUGGAUUUAUUUAAAUAUAAUGAUAACACUCGAAAUCAUUAUUCUGAUAACUAUUAUAGAGCAUCCUUAGUUGAUGCACUAGGUAAUUCAAUAACACCAGUUGUUUCAGUUGUUCAACAAGGAGCUCCAAUAACAUCAGAAAAUUUGUCUGCUGAUGCAAAACUCGUUCUAGAGGAAGUUACUAGAUUAUUAAACUUAGAAAAAUAUUUACCAUCUUACAAAUAUUCAGUUUCUGUAUCAUGUCUUAAAGUUAUUCGCAAACUGCAAAAAUGCGGACAUUUACCAUCUUUACCACAAAUUUAUAGGUGUUAUGCAGCUUACGGUCAGUACAUCGACGUUCGUGUUGCAGCGAUGGAGUGUUUGGUUGAUUUUGUAAAAGUUGAUGGCAGAUGGGAAGACUUAGAUCAUUUACUUUCUUUGCUUGAAACAGAUCCUGAUCCAGCUGCAAGGCAUGCCCUAGCUAGAUUACUUAUAGAGAAUCCUCCAUUUAGCAAAAAUAUUAGAAGUCGUUUAGACAAAGAAGAUUUAGUAGAAAGAAUUUGGAGUAACAUGAAUUCUAAACUUUCUCACGAUGACAAACUAAGAUGUGAUAUGGUUGAUUUGUAUUAUGCGCUAUAUGGUAGUAAAAAACCAUAUUGUUUACAAUCAGCUGAGUUUUCAGCUAUGUUUAAACCACAAAAAGUAAAAUCAGAACACACCAAUAACGUUACUGAUGAAAAAUCGUCGAGACCAGAAACUCCAUUUAAUGAUGUAAUAGAAUCUCAAGUGGUAGAAAGCGAACAAAAAUCUUCGGUUAAACGAAACGCUGAAGGUGCCGGUCUUGACGAAAGCUGCAAUGAUUUUAUUAAAAUAGAAGUUGAAGAAUACGUGAUGAUAAAUAGUGAUCUUCAAGCUAUUGAAAAACCUGCAACUGUAACCCCAACACCAACAUCAAUACCGAUAGAUGUAGAGCCAGCUGAAAUUGAUACUGUCAAACCAGAAAGAGUUGAAAUUGAUUUAGGAUUAAAUCAAUCAGAACCAAAGAAAAUGAAAUCUGAGUAUUUUUCAGAUAAUUCUAUUUCUCUUCCAGGGGUCAAUGCAUCUCUCGGCCCCUCCGGAUUUGAACCUGGUAUGUUUAAACAGGAAGAAGACAGCAAAUCUAAAUCUGAUAAUUCCUCAAAGAUCAAAAAGAAAAAGAAGGACAAGAAGAAGCACAAGCAUAAACAUAAGCAUAAGCAUAAUAAAGAUAAAGAGAGGGAUAAGGAAAAAGAUAAAGACAAGGAUCGUGAUAAACGAAAAGAAAAAGAAAAAGAUUCUAAUAUUUUACGUACGCAAACAGUAAGAGAGGAAACUACCGAAACCUUAAGCUCUCCUGAUAGUUCUAGUAGAGAGAGUCUACCUACUGUUGUUAGUCUACCUACAGAUUUAGCGUAAUUAAAAUAAUAAAAAGGAUCAUAUUUUCUCCGGUCGACUCUCAUAUUUUCAAUUCAUCAUGAAAUAAAUUUUAUCGUAGAUUUUCUAUGUUAAAAUUUAAAAAAAAAUGUAAGAACGAUCAGGCUCGAGUUAAUAUACAUGCAAAUAUGUAUGUAUACACAUAUAACAUACAUACAUAAAUUUUUGAAAGAUGUGAAAACUAUCAAAAAAAAAUCAAAUGUAAAUUAAAAGUCUUAAGACAAAUAUGCGAAACAGCUUUAUAAUUUAAAAUGACUAAAACUGUUUUACAAUUUUGUAUUAUUUUGCACCAUUUGUUGUAUGCAUAAUUUUAGAAAUAAACAUUAAAAUAUUAAAAUCAUUA